AUGUUGACGAGACAAACGGUAAUAAAUUCAAAUAGGUUAAUUGCUACUAGAAGACUAGCAAAUUUGCAAAAUGUUAGAAGAUUCACUAAUAAUCCUUCAAAUUUCCAACCAAGCUUGUCUUUCUUCCAGAAGGAAAGACUUCCAGCUAAUACGAUAGUCAAGUUCGUUCCCCAACAAACAGCAUGGGUAGUGGAAAGAAUGGGUAAAUUCAAUCGUGUUUUAUCGCCAGGUAUUGCUUUUUUGAUUCCAGUUUUAGAUAAGAUUACGUACGUUCAGUCGUUAAAAGAGUCGGCUAUUGAAAUUCCUUCGCAGAACGCCAUUACGGCAGAUAAUGUGUCGUUGGAGAUGGACGGUAUUCUUUAUGUCAAGGUGAAUGAUCCUUAUAAGGCAUCUUAUGGGGUUGAAGAUUUCAAGUUUGCGAUAAGUCAGUUAGCGCAGACUACCAUGAGGUCCGAAAUUGGUUCGUUGACCUUGGAUUCAGUUUUGAAGGAAAGACAGGCAUUGAACUUGAAUAUCAACAGAGCGAUUAACGAGGCAUCGAAGGAAUGGGGUGUGGAAUGUCUCAGAUACGAAAUCAGAGAUAUUCAUCCACCUCAAAACGUCUUAGAAGCAAUGCACAGACAGGUUAGCGCCGAACGUUCGAAGAGAGCAGAAAUUUUGGAAUCUGAAGGUACCAGACAAUCUAGAAUCAAUAUUGCAGAGGGUGAAAAGCAAUCGGUUAUAUUGUCGUCCGAAGCUAAUAAGCAAGAAAAGAUCAACAUGGCCAAGGGUGAAGCAGAAUCGAUUUUGUUAAACGCGGAGGCUACUGCAGAAGGUUUAAAGAAGGUUGCCACAGCCAUUAAGGAAACUCCAGGUGGUGAACAAGCUGUCAGUUUACAAGUUGCUCAAGAAUACGUCAAGCAGUUUGGUAAGCUCGCGAAGGAAUCAAACACCGUUGUUAUUCCUUCGAACAUGGGUGACAUGGGUAAUUGGAUGGCCAGUGGUUUAUCAAUUUAUAACAGUUUGAAUAAACAAAUUGAUAAUGAAAAGAAAUAG